CGCCGGGAGGGGUGGGAGCUCGGUUGGCUGGCCCGGUUGCCCGCCCCCGCCCGGCCGCGGAGCCUGGCCCGUUCCGUUCUGGCGCCGCAGCUAUGUACCGCCUGCCGCGCCUGGGCCCGCUGCUGCCGCUGGCCGUCCCGCGCAGCCCGCCGCGGGCCGCCCUUCCCCCGCGCGGCCUGGGCUGCGACCCGCGCCUCGCCUGGGCUGGCCUCAGCCCGCCGCUGCCGCUGCCGCUGCCGGCGCUGCGAUCUGCCGCCGGCGCUUCCACCGCGGGUGCAGGUGGAUCCUCUGAAAAGGCAGCCACAGAUUCCAGUGGUGAAAACAAGAAACUCAACAAAUCCCAGCAGCUGAAACAAGUUUUUAAAGAGUAUGGUGCUGUUGGGGUUUCAUUCCAUGUUGGAAUUUCAUUAGUAUCUCUAGGAAUCUUCUAUCUGGCUGUGUCAAGUGGUGUGGAUAUGACUACACUUCUCCUCAAACUAGGUUUCAGUGAAUCAGCAUUGCAAUCUAAAAUGGCUGCUGGUACCAGCACAUUUGUGCUGGCGUAUGCUAUUCACAAGCUGUUUGCUCCAGUACGAAUCAGCAUCACUGUAGUUUCUGUGCCCUUUAUUGUCCAAUACUGCCGGAAGAUUGGUUUCUUCAAGCCUCCUGCCUCAAGAUGACUUCUUACUAAUGUUUUUUACUCUGGGUUUUUGUUUUUUGUUUUUUUAAAAUGCUCUAUAUCCAUAUAGCUUUCCAGAUUGCUAAAUUUAUUUUGAAAGACUUACUUGGAUUCAUGUUAAUGAUGACCUCCUCUUGUGUUUCUUUCUGGUUCUUUCAGGUAAACAUUACACUGUGAAAGUUCUGUCCUUAUUUUCUUUCCCUUUUGCCACCUCUUCUUUAGAAAAACCUGUUAAAAUGGUAUCUGGUUUCCAUUGCAAGUGGUAAUAUAACAGCAUAACAAUGAGCAGUCUCUUUAGAAUACACAGUGCUGGGUCGUUAUAAUCUAGCUUUCCUUAAAAUAGUGACAGUGUUAGUUUAUCACUGGGUAGCUGGGAAACAGAGUAAGAUUCUCUUCCUAAUACUCUGUGAAGUAAACAAUACCCUACUAUAUGAAUAGUCCUUUUGGUAAGUGUAUAUUGGAAAGUAAGGCUCUAGGUGGAUGUUUCUUUUGUUAUAAAAGGCACAUAUUAUGACCCCAGUCUGGCAGUACAACACACAGACUGCACUAACCUCGGUCAGAAUACUCCCAUGCUUCACUAUUGCACAGUAAUAAGUAUUUUGGCCAGGACAGGUGAUGCAAUGUUUUGAAACUGCAGCUCCUUUGUGGUGUUUCUGUGUUUCAAGAUUGUGUUCUUUGAAUACAUUCGUUAUUUACAGGCUAGGAACUGGGCUUACUAAAGUUGUUUGUUUGUUUUUUAAUGCCUAUAGACUCAAGGAAUCGUGAGUCUACUGAAAUCAGUGUAACCAAAAUUACCUCUCAUGAGAACAUAUUCCAAAGAUUGACAAGGCAUAGGCAAGAUAUUUUUGAGUUAUUAAUAUUGAGAUCUAGUUUUGGACUGGAGACACUUCUACUCCAAAAACUAACUCUAGCAGCAGUUUGCUGCUAUGGCUGAAAUUCAGAUGUGCACCUGAGUCCAGACAGCACAAUUCCUGGCUUCUCAAGAACAAUCCCUGUACUUUUGUCUGUCAGACUGCAAAAUGUACCAAUUCAAACUGGUUUUGAUCUCUUUAUCUGGACACUAUUCCUAGUGGAGCAUAGUUGUACAUGCAUAUGUUCACAUUCUGUCUUUCAGUUAACCAUUAGGUAGUCACUUUUUGUGGUAAACCUGGGUUUCGGACUUAGGACUGGGUUUCUGUUAGCUCAAGCCAGAUAUAUAACUCUCAUGGAUCUGUUCCUCCUUCUAGGCCUGCUCUUUUGUACAUUGCCCUUGUGCUUACACUUACCCCAGGGUGACUCUGACACAGGUCUCUUUGUACAAGAAUCUGACUGAAGAAAAAUAGCAGGAAAUUACCCUGGUAAUCAGAGUAAUUUUCUUCCUUGCUUAAGUUUAGAGAAUUGAGAGGAAGGAACAAUGUGUUUAGGAUGAGAAUUUGCUGAAGGAGGGAGCAGCAAUUUAUUUAUGUUAUUAGCAACCUAUUAACUCCCCUCAAGUGUAACAUUAAAUUGUGCCCCCUUCAGAAAUCCCAAACUCUAGGCAGGAUGGGUGCACUGAGGAUUCAGAGACUCCAAAAAAACAAGCAGUGUUUAAGCUCUAGGAAGAUGAGUUGCAGCCACAUACAUUCUUGUACCUCUGUUACUGAUACUCCUUAGGUAAUCAAGUUUUCUCUAAGAGAGGGAAAACUGAAGGGGGAAAUAAUUACUUCCUCUGCCCUGUGGAAGCAAACUGGGCUGCUCUCUGAAAAAUCACCUUGUGAGAAGAGCUCAGCCCCAGUGAGAGUUUAGUGUCUGAAGACAAAUUGAAGCAGUGAGCUUCAAUUGAAGCAUGAUGGAAGGUUGCUGUACAACACAUAGUAAUAUUACACAGAUGUAAAGAUGCAUUACAUAGCUAUGCUGCUCAAAAUGCUAACCUUAGGAGCAGGACAUACUGAAAGUCAAUCUUGUGCUGUGGUUUGCUUCUGUGGAAGCAAGAAGCUCUGUCACUGACAGAGCUCACAUCACAAACAACUGCUUGGCUUAAUUGUUAGGUAGAUAGUGCUGCUUCCUGUACCCAUAUGCACAGGAGGAAGGCCUGUCAGGAUUAGUCUAACUAGCUUAUUAAAAACAAAAGUAUUCUGGAUUGUUCCUGUCUCAUGCCUGCUUUGCAAUAUGAAAGCUGAAAGUGACAGCUUGUCCAGUAUAGCUCAGCUUGCUGCCAUCUGAGCCACUUCUAAGAGUACAGGUUUCAAAUCAGCUUGCCCCUUUAUCCUUGACUGUGAUUGCUAUACCUGUUUUAUGGGUGGGAGUUAAUUGCCAAGUGGUAGCUAGUGCCAUUUUAACCUACCUACUUAGUAACCUUUCUGUUACUAAGUUUAGAACAGUCUCUUGCAUUCAACUGGACCAUCACUCUUUCAUAAAAGUAAAGUUUAGUUGGGCUUUUUCCUCCCUCUUCACAGAAACAUGUCCCUGUCUUUCUGUUUAGGGCAAUGUUCUGCUACCCUGGAAAACAAAAUGCCAGAAUGCUCAGGAGACAUCCUUGUAUUCAUUUAAUCAGUCAGUUCUGAUCAAAGUCAUGUUUAGUUCUAUUGUUGAUAGAAAAGGAACACUUAAGUUUCUUAUUAAAAAUAAAAGCAAAAAUUCUGUUAAGAUGGAAACUUAAAUGCAUUCAACUAAGGCAACAGCACUAGAAAGAGUUUCUUGCAGUGAAGAAACAGCUUCAUAGCACUUAGGAUCAGAACCCUUAUUACAGUUUAAGAUAAAUAUGGCUGUGUAAACUGCCACCAAUUUGUUUAGAUGCAAUUGUUUGCAAAGUAUAUUUUAAAUUAAUGUGAAAGUCUAUUUUGAAUUCUAGAAUCUUUGCUUGUAAAAGGAUCUUUUUUUAAAAUGGUUUGUAAAAUUAUGAAGAUGACCUUAAAUUCUUAAUGAAAAUACAAUAAAUUGCUUUGUCUUA